CUGGCCAUCAAACACAAAGCCCCAUCCUAUGUCGCAUUGACAUUUCGCUAACAACAAUGGAGAAUUGCUGGUUUCGCUUGAAACAAACCCACUUUCCGCCCCCGACGCUGCCGACUGACACCAAUGGCGUGGGCAAAGGCAAUGGCGCCAUCUGUCCCGGCCACAUCAUGGCGAGUCUGAAAGAUUUGGAUCACAUGGACAGCAUCAUCAACCGAUCGAUCGAAGGAUUUAUGUUCACGCCCGCGGUCCCAGUAUACACGACCGGAGCGUGGAAGAUGGAGUGGAAGGAAGGGGGGAUGCAUCAAGCCGGAGUCUCUGCGGAUACCAACGUUCCCAUUGCGGAAGUCGCAGGCUUGUCAGCCCAAGCGAAAGUUGCUCUAGCAUUCAAAAAUUCAGUCCACAAUUACCGUGCUUUUAACAAGUUGGACCGUUACAUCAUUGCACCAACAAGGGGAUAUAUUAAGGAUGUGCUUGAAGAUAAGGAGGUGGAAAGUCACAUCGAAAGAAGCAAGACUUUAGGCGCCUGGUCCAUUAUCAUGAUAACGGGCGUUGCAAUUGCCCGUGGCUCUCGGGGAUCAAGUUCCGAGAAUCAUGGGAGAUCUGGAACUCUGGGCGGGGGAGUGAACCUCGCGGACACGGUAUCAGGAGAUCUGGCUACCACUGCGGCUUCUCAAAGCGGAACUUCAAUGUCAACGAGCACCGAGUCCGACUUCGUGUGGGCUGUUCGAGUCAGUAAAAUCUGGAAGGGCACAUUAGACCGGACAUGGUCUUUCCGCACACAGUCAAAGGGUGCCACGUUCUCGCUAGAGGACGAAGAGCGCAAGAAGGACAAUGUCGCCCAAGUCCUGGAGGCCGAAGGGACAGGCGAGGCAGAGAAGAUCUGGCUCGGUGAUGGGGACGAGUUCCUAGUGUUCUAAUGGGGAGAUUGAUCAUGUAUCUUCAGACACAGUUAGCGUUAUACCCGGCUUAUAUCUUCAUGCAUUUCCCACGUAAGCCCUUGGUUGAUGUUGUGGCGGCAGUGGGAAGGUGUAUUGAGCUGUAUUUUUCUACGAGAGUUGAUACAUGAGGUGGCUUUUAUGCUUGCUUUCCUCGGGGUCCGAGAGGCCCGCAUAUCCAUGGCCUCCGAGGCUUCCGUACAGAGCUUCAACGUCAAACAGCCUUAUUACCAUC